CUUCGGGGCGUCGGUGGCCGCGCCUGGAGCUCCCGGAACUAAAAGCAGACCUCGGGCGGUGGGCCGGCGGGGGCCACGUCAGCGGGUGGCGGGGCUGUGCGGGCAGCAUGCGGCGGGGCGCGCUCCUGGCCGGUGCCCUGGCUGUCUACGCCGGGUACCUGGCGCUAGGCGCGCUGCUGGUGGCUCAGCUGGAGCGGCCGCACGAAGCCCGGCUGCGGGCAGAGCUGGGCACGCUGCGGGAGCAGCUGCUGCGGCACAGCCCGUGCGUGGCGGCGGCCGCCCUGGACUCCUUCGUGGAGCGGGUGCUGGCGGCGGGACGGCUGGGACGCGCAGUGCUGGCCAACGCCUCGGGAGCAGCCAACGCUUCGGACCCCGCCUGGGACUUCGCCUCGGCGCUCUUCUUCGCCAGCACGCUGGUUACCACCGUGGGCUAUGGCUACACGACCCCACUGACAGAUGCAGGCAAAGCCUUCUCCAUCGUCUUUGCGCUCCUGGGCGUGCCCAUCACCAUGCUACUUCUGACUGCAUCGGCCCAGCGCCUGUCACUGCUGCUCACCCAUGCACCCCUGUCCUGGCUGAGCUUGCAUUGGGGAUGGCACCCCCAGCGGGCAGCCCGCUGGCACCUGGUGGCCCUGCUGGUGGUCAUAAUGACUGUCUUCUUCCUGGUGCCAGCCGCGGUCUUCGCCUACCUUGAAGAGGCCUGGAGCUUUCUGGACGCUUUCUACUUCUGCUUUAUCUCUCUGUCCACCAUUGGCCUGGGGGAUUAUGUCCCUGGGGAAGCCCCUGGCCAGCCUUACCGGGCCCUCUACAAGGUGCUUGUUACAGCAUACCUCUUCCUGGGCCUGGUUGCCAUGGUGCUGCUGUUGCAGACUUUCCACCAUGUAUCUGACCUCCAUGGCCUCACUGAACUCAUCUUGCUGCCCAAUCCGGACCCUGCCAACCUCAGCCAGGAUGAGGACGACCAGGUGGACAUUCUGGACACCCAGACAGAUCUGCACCAGCACCUCGCGGCUGGCUCUCACGCUAACUAUGCCUCCAUCUCCAGGUAGCUGGGAAGGUGCU